CGCAGCCAGCCUCGCGGUCGAGCGCAGCGCGAGAAGCCAUGUCCGCCGCCGACUGCUGCCGUCCUCACCCCGCUCCGGGGCCGACGCUGGGCAGGGAUAUCCCCGGCCUCGCCAAGCGGCUCAACCUGCCCGAGGGAGUCGCGCUGCCCCCCGGGGACUAUAGCACCACGCCCGGCGGCACCGUGUUCGGAACCACACCGGGCGGUACACGGAUUAUUUAUGACCGCAAAUUUCUGAUGGAGUGCCGGAAUUCUCCAGUUGCCAGAACUCCACCAUGUGAUCUUCCAGACAUUCCAGGUGUUACAAGUCCAAAUGUGGAUGAACUCAGGGCUGAGACCGACUUUACCCACGCUGACGAGGAGAAACCAGGUUUAGGUGAGGAAGCGCAGUUUGACAUGGAUAUCUAAAAACCUGUCCUCUGAGAAUAGUUUUUGUUUCCAGUGAAGACAGGGAAUCAGCAAUGGUUCCAAAAUACGUGAGGCUUGUAAGAAUUGCUCACACUUUGCAAACCUUUCCAGGAUGGAAGGUCCAUUACAUUUUUAGUGGGAGGAGAAGAGGAGACUUCCUGUUGCCCUGGCAUAUUUUUCUGUGGUGAGAAAACUGCCAAAAUUGGCUUGAGAAAGAGGAUGGAAUACGCUCUUCAACUUUGAUGCCUUGAGUUCUUGUGCCUUGGUUCAUGAAUAGCUGCUCUCAAGCAAGGGACUGCAUGCAAGGAGAGAAAUAAAAUUACGCCGGAUCUAGGGGAUUCAUAUAGUGGCAGGUCCUUACGCACAUUCUUCUCAUGGGCAAAGUACUCUAUCUCAGUGCUCUCACGACAGAUGGGAAGCUGAUGCUGUGCACAGAAUCAUUUUUGUAAACCAACAGAGCAGCUUUCUGGUUUAAGCUUUUCCAUAACAGUAGCAUCAAUCCAACAAGGGUAGCUUGAUAGCAGUUCAAAUAUAGUGGGAGAGGAGGAAGCCUGGCCCUGAGAGGAAACAGGCUUGUUCUCUCAGUUUUCCAGAUCUCUGGAGGUCUUUCCUUAGCAGUGGCCUGGUGGGAUUGACUAGCUUCUGCUCAGUUUCCCUCCUGCAAUAAAUUUCAGAUCUUGAAGGUGCUGGAGCUAGGGAGUGCGUAUUGCUCAAAGAAAACUACUCAAAAACUUUAAAAAAAAAGUUCUUGAAAUGGGAAGAGGGGUAAACUUGCACAAUUUUUCUUUUUAAAGGGCUAUGCAAAAGCUUGUGUAGAUUUGUGCACUGUACUUAAAAUAAAGAUGAUGUUAAAAUCGC